UUGCCGGGGAAACCAGGGAAACCCGGGUUGUCUGGGCUGUCGGGUGGCAAGGGUGAGCCAGGGUUGCCGGGUUUACCCGGGGUGACAGGGGAACCAGGCCCAGUUGGGCCACUGGGGCUCAAGGGUGACAAAGGAAGUGAUGGCCGCACUGGGCCACCCGGUGUGCCGGGGGCCAAGGGUGACUAUGGGCCUCGUGGGCCACCUGGCCCUUCAGGCCCACCCGGCAUGAAGGGAGACGUUGGUUAUUUCGGAGCCCCGGGUUUGCCUGGACCAAAGGGAGACCUUGGACUACCUGGACCGCAAGGAUUGUCAGGGCCACCUGGCCCACCGGGUCCCAGAGGACUCACUGGGCUCAAGGGCGAAAGAGGACCCGAGGGCCUUCCAGGGAACUUUGGAUCCCCUGGCAGACCCGGGCUGAAGGGCGACAAGGGUCCACCAGGGUUGCCAGGAGGCAUUGGCGCCAAGGGAGAACAGGGCCCACCUGGCCCGCCGGGACUGCCAGGCGAGCCUGGGAGACCAGGCUUUGAUGGCCCACCGGGGCUGCAAGGCAUCAAGGGAUUG